AUGGAGUCAGAAGGAGAAACUGGGGCAAAGCCCGUCAAGAGCCUGGGGGGUCAGGUCUGUCAGAUAUGUGGGGAUAAUGUUGGGAAGACUGCAGAUGGGGAACCAUUCAUUGCCUGCGACGUCUGUGCCUUUCCUGUUUGCAGGCCAUGCUAUGAGUACGAGAGGAAGGAUGGGAAUCAGUCUUGCCCUCAAUGCAAAACCAGAUACAAGAGGCACAAAGGAAGUCCUGCAAUUCUUGGCGAUAGAGAAGAGGAUGGUGAUGCUGAUGAUGGUACCAGUGACUUCAACUAUACUUCAGAAAAUCAAAAUGAGAAGCAAAAGAUUGCGGAGCGCAUGUUGAGCUGGCAUAUGACAUAUGGCCGAGGAGAGGAUAUUGGGGCUCCAAAUUAUGAUAAAGAGGUUUCUCACAAUCAUAUCCCUUUACUCACCAAUGGACAAGAGGUUUCCGGAGAACUAUCUGCCGCAUCACCAGAGCGCCUUUCUAUGGCAUCUCCUGGAGUUGGUGCUGGAAAGCGUGCCCAUCCUAUUCCUUAUGCAUCAGAUGUAAAUCAAUCCCCUAAUAUAAGGGUUGUCGAUCCUGUGAGGGAGUUUGGUUCUCCUGGGAUUGGAAAUGUAGCUUGGAAAGAGAGAGUGGAUGGCUGGAAGAUGAAGCAGGAGAAGAAUGUUAUUCCAAUGAGCACUGGCCAAGCUACUUCAGAAAGAGGGGGUGGAGAUAUUGAUGCCAGAUCCGAUGUGAUUGUGGACGACUCUUUAUUGAAUGAUGAAGCAAGGCAGCCUCUCUCCAGAAAGGUCUCUAUUCCAUCAUCUAGAAUAAAUCCUUACAGGAUGGUCAUUGUUCUGCGGCUUGUUAUCCUCUGUAUUUUCUUGCACUAUCGAUUAACAAAUCCUGUGCCCAAUGCCUACGCUCUGUGGUUAAUAUCAGUCAUAUGUGAGAUUUGGUUUGCAAUAUCCUGGAUACUCGAUCAGUUCCCUAAGUGGCUCCCUGUAAAUCGUGAAACAUAUCUUGACAGACUUUCUUUGAGAUAUGAUCGAGAAGGGGAACCAUCACAGUUAGCUGCUGUUGACAUCUUUGUCAGUACUGUCGAUCCAUUGAAGGAGCCUCCUAUGGUGACAGCAAAUACUGUGCUAUCUAUUCUUGCAGUUGACUACCCAGUUGACAAGGUUUCCUGCUAUGUUUCUGAUGAUGGAGCAGCAAUGUUGACGUUUGAAGCUCUGAAAUGGGUCCCUUUCUGCAAGAAGUAUGCCAUUGAGCCUCGGGCUCCUGAAUGGUACUUUACACAGAAGAUUGAUUACUUGAAGGAUAAAGUUCAACCAUCAUUCGUCAAAGAUCGUAGAGCGAUGAAGAGAGAAUAUGAAGAAUUUAAAGUUCGUGUUAAUGGGCUUGUUGCAAAGGCCACAAAAAUACCUGAAGAAGGAUGGAUCAUGCAAGAUGGUACUCCAUGGCCUGGAAAUAAUACUAGAGACCAUCCAGGAAUGAUUCAGGUUUUCUUAGGCCAAAGUGGAGGGCUCGAUGCUGAUGGUAAUGAACUGCCACGUUUAGUCUAUGUUUCUCGUGAAAAGCGUCCAGGUUUCCAACAUCACAAGAAGGCUGGUGCUAUGAAUGCACUUGUUCGAGUAUCAGCAGUCCUCACCAAUGGACCUUUCUUGUUGAAUCUUGAUUGUGAUCACUACAUUAACAACAGUAAGGCCUUGAGGGAAGCUAUGUGCUUUCUAAUGGAUCCUAACCUUGGAAAAAAUAUUAACUUGAGAGGUUUAGAUGGCAUUCAAGGUCCGGUUUAUGUGGGUACUGGAUGUGUCUUCAAUAGAACAGCCUUGUAUGGUUAUGAACCUCCUGUUAAGCCUAAGCAUAAGAAAGCUGGUCUAGAGGAUAUUGAGGAGGGGGUGGAAGGUGCUGGAUUUGAUGAUGAGAAGUCCUUAUUGAUGUCUCAAAUGAGCCUGGAAAAGAGGUUUGGUCAGUCUGCCGUUUUUGUUGCCUCCACACUGAUGGAGAACGGUGGUGUUCCUCAAUCUGCGACUCCAAAACUCUUCUUAAAGAAGCUAUUCAUGUUAUCAGCUAUUGGAUGGAUCUAUGGUUCUGUCACAGAAGAUAUUCUCACGGGAUUCAAGAUGCAUGCCCGUGGGUGGAGGUCUAUAUAUUGCAUGCCUAAGCGCCCAGCCUUUAAAGGGUCUGCUCCUAUUAAUCUUUCAGAUCGUCUGAACCAAGUGCUUCGAUGGGCCUUGGGUUCUGUGGAAAUUCUUCUUAGUCGGCAUUGUCCUAUCUGGUAUGGUUACAGCGGUAGGCUAAAAUGGCUGGAGAGAUUUGCAUAUGUCAACACUACCAUUUACCCAAUCACUUCCAUACCUCUUCUGAUGUACUGUACAUUGCCAGCUGUCUGUCUUCUUACGAACAAGUUUAUCAUUCCACAGAUUAGCAACAUUGCGAGUAUAUGGUUCAUCUCCCUUUUUCUUUCCAUCUUUGCAACUGGUAUUCUAGAGAUGAGGUGGAGUGGUGUCGGAAUUGACGAGUGGUGGAGAAAUGAACAGUUUUGGGUUAUUGGUGGUGUUUCAGCCCAUCUUUUUGCGGUUGUCCAAGGUCUCCUCAAAGUCCUUGCUGGUAUUGACACCAACUUCACUGUCACCUCCAGGCAUCAGAUGAAGACGGGGACUUUGCUGAACUCUACAUGUUUAAAUGGACAACCCUUCUCAUCCCACCAACAACUCUCCUCAUCAUAA